GAUUUUGGAAUUUUGUUGCCUACUGUAGAAAUGUAAUGUUAAAACAUAUAUAUCCUAUUUAGUCCUAGGUUGUUACUUGGCAGAGAUAAAGAUGGGGAUUUAAUGUGGUUCCUCAGGAGGAGGGAUAUGGUGCUGGGUAAACAGGAGAUACAAUUGCAGCAAGUACGGAGACGGCUUCCUCCUGGACCAAUCCCUCUCCCAAUUUUUGGGACCUUGAUACAGCUGAACUUUCGGUUUGAUCGUGAUCUCCUCAUGAAGCUGGCAAAAAUUCAUGGCAACAUAUUCACCUUAUGGUUUGGAUGGGCCCCAGUGAUCGUACUGAAUGGAUUUCAAGCAGUUAAGGAUGGUAUGACCAUGCACCCUGAAGAUGUUUCUGGGAGGCUAGUGUCUCCUUUCUUCAGAGCCAUGGCCAAAGGAAAAGGGAUUAUGUUGGCAACUGGUCACACCUGGAAGCAGCAAAGAAGGUUUGCAUUGAGGACUCUACGUGACCUUGGUCUGGGGAAAAGAGGUCUGGAGCAUCGAGUUCAAGAAGAGGCCCACUACCUUGUAGCCUUCUUCGCAAGUACGAAAGGGAAACCCCUGGAUCCUUCUUUCCCUCUUUUUCAUUCUGUCUCAAAUGUAAUUUGUGCUGUUGUUUUUGGACGUCACUUCUCCAGAGAAGAUGAAACCUUCCAUGAACUGAUUAAAGCCACAGAGCACCUAUUCAAAUUUGGAGGCAGCUUUAUUCAUCAUCUGUAUGAAAUCUUCCCCUGGCUGAUGUGCCGCCUCCCUGGUCCUCAUAAGAAGGCAUUGUCUUGCUAUGAUGUCCUGAGCUCUUUUACAAGGAGAGAGAUUAGAAUGCACAUGGACCGUGGUACACCAGAUGAACUGCAGGAUUUCAUUGACUUUUACCUGGCUCACAUUGAAAAAACCAAAGAUGAACCCAGGUCUACAUACAAUGAGGACAACAUGGUUUAUUCUAUAAAUGACCUCUUCUUGGGUGGAUCAGAGACAACAAGCACUACUUUGAACUGGGGCCUUCUCUAUAUGGUGGCAAAUCCAGACAUCCAAGAGAAAGUGCAGAAGGAGCUUGAUGCCGUUCUGGGUCCUUCCCAGUUAAUCUGCUAUGAGGAUCGGAGAGAACUGCCCUACACCAACGCUGUGGUUCAUGAGGUUCAGCGCUUCAGCAACAUUAUCUCAGUUGGCAUGCCCAGAGUGUGUGUGAGGAACACUACGUUGCUCGGCUUUCCCCUCAAAAAGGGCACCAUAGUUCUUCCAAAUAUUGCUUCAUCUUUGUAUGACCCAGAGCACUGGGAAACACCUCGAUGCUUCAACCCCGGUCACUUCUUGGAUAAGGAUGGAAACUUUGUGAGCCGAGAAGCCUUUUUACCAUUUUCAAUAGGGCACCGUGUGUGUUUGGGGGAGCAUCUGGCAAGAACUGAGCUCUUUAUUUUCUUUGCCAACCUGCUGCGGGCAUUCACCUUCCGGCUGCCUGAGGGGGUGACGAAGAUCAGCACAGAGCCCGUUCUGGGGGGUACGCUGCAGCCUCACCCCUACAGGAUUUGUGCCAUUCCACGCUAGGGCAGAUGUGUGCAGUGUGUCACACACCAUCUUACUUAUGUGAAUGUGUGUCUUGAAUGUCUUUUUGUCUUUAAUACGAAUUCCUGCUCCAAAAGCCUCCUUUUUUCUAGAGCAGAUAAUUUUGUUCAGACCCUGUUAUGUGCUUUUGAAGGCGAUUCUUUUUUAUUAUUGGUAAAAGUUCUUUUGCCCUUGAACACACCAUCACUCUCAGCCUUAAAGGCAUCAUGCAGUUGCUCUCUGGCCUGGCAGAUUUGCUCACCAGUAUGCUGGUGACCAAAUGACAAAACCAACAGGCAGACUUCGUCAGUUAAUUCAUUAUCUCUGAGUUAUCCUGUUUUCAAAAGCAACAGAGUUUGGAAAAACAUACCUGGAAAGUUCAGACUCUGCAUUAUUGUCAUCAUUGGUAACAUUUCAGUUAACUUUUUGUCGAUGGUCACUAAUAAAGGAU